GCCGAAAAGGACCCAAACAAGAUUCGCACACGUGAGCGGUUCAGGCUGUGUGGUGUGUUUUAAUAUAGGGUCUCUAUUGAGCUAAAUAGGGUCCCAAGGUUAAUAAUAACAGUGUAAAUCGACUAUUGUUUUUCACAAACAAUGAGUUGCCAGAUCACUUGUGUUGGCUGGGUGAAGCGAGGAGUUGCCAAAGAAACUCCAGAUAAAGUGGAGUUGAGCAAAGAGGAGCUGCAACGUCUCGUCAGCGAAGCGAAAGAUGAGCUAGGGGAGGUAACAGAGGAAGGCGAGGAAGAUGUUGAUGAGGGGAUGGGCAGUGGACAGGAGAUGAGUGAUGAGACCCAAGCCUCACAAGACACAGAGGAACAAGAUGAAAACGAGAGCGACAGAGGGGAGGUGGAUGAGCUGGCUGAAUAUGGGCUGGAUAGGUAUGACGAGGAAGACACAGCUGCAGCAAACUUGGGUGACAGCCUGGCAGGACUCACAGUCUUUUGCAAUAAUGAAGAAGACCCUUACAUCACUCUUAAAGAUACUGAUCAUUACGAACGGGAAGAUUUUCAGAUCAGACCUAAUGACAACCUUAUUGUUGCUGGCAGAGCAGAGAAGGAUUGUUGUAACCUAGAAGUACAUGUUUACAAUUGUGAAGAGGGCUCUUUUUAUGUACACCAUGACAUCCUCCUGCCUGCCUAUCCUUUGUGUGUAGAGUGGCUGAACUUUGACCCCAGCCCUGAAGAAAGAGCAGGCAACUUUGCUGCUGUUGGCAACAUGACUCCUGUGAUAGAUGUGUGGGACCUGGAUGUGGUGGAUUGCUUAGAGCCGGUCUUCUCACUUGGGAGCAAGAAGUUAGCCAAGAAGAAAAAGAAAAACAAAAAGAGUGCAGCCGCAGAGGCACUAGAGGGUCAUUCUGAUGCGGUGCUGGACCUUUCGUGGAACAAGCUAGUUCGAAAUGUGUUAGCCAGCGCCUCUGCAGAUAACACUGUGGUACUGUGGGACCUGACACAGGGCAAACCAGCCUCCACGCUGACGCGCCACACAGACAAGGUUCAGACGCUGAAGUUCCAUCCCUUUGAAGCUCAGACCCUGAUUUCUGGAUCAUUUGAUAAAUCCACAGUCCUGUAUGAUUGUAGAAGUCCACAAGAGAACCACAGAACCUGGAGAUUCAGCGGCCAGGUGGAGAGAGUGGUGUGGAACCAUUUCUCUCCAUGCAAUUUUUUGACCAGCACAGAAGAUGGCUUUGUUUACUGUUUAGAUGCUCGGUCAGAUAAGCCUGUCUUUACACUCAGAGCUCACGAUGAAGAGGUGUCGGGCUUGGACCUGAGCAGUCAGAUAAAGGGGUGCCUUGUGACAUGCUCUUCAGACAAGCACGUGAAGAUCUGGGAUAUCCUGGGAAGCAAGCCGACUCUCGUCCACUCCAGAGAUAUGAAAAUGGGAGUGCUAUUCUGUGCGUCCUGCUGUCCAGACCUUCCGUUUGUUUAUGCCUUUGGUGGACAGAAAGAAGGACUGCGCAUCUGGGACAUAAGUGACGUCGCUGCAGUGAAUGCAGCCUUUGGAAACCGGCAGAGGCUGGUGGUGGACACCACAUCAGAGGCUGCAGAUAGCAGUAGCACGACUGCAAUGGAGCCCUAGUUCUGCCCCCUCCGCUGGAGCCGAACACUGCACUUUGACUUGCUGAUCCGAUUAGCGAGGGAGAAUUUGGACCACAAAAAAUCAGAAACCUAAGGCCUGUCCUCUUACUGCACAGGGAGAACAGUGUGUCAUGGGGAAACAACAUUGAAAACCAGCUGGUGUGAAGACUUUUCGUAUCAAGAUGACACCUUGUUAAAACGGCCAAAUCGCAGUGUUUCUUUUAUUACAGAUAAAAUAGCCUCUGUCUCAGAUCUGCACCUUCCUGAAAUGCUUCCUGUUUUAACAGUUGUAAUCUAAAUGGUGAGUUUUGCAAGAAGAUUUAGGAGAUUUGUUUAUUGGAAUUUGUGUCCUGGGCACCUGUUGUUAGUACAUUCAAGACGACAGAUACUCUACUUUUUUGAAGUGUGAAAACAUGACCCAUAGUCAAUGUGUUCUCUUAUACAGAAGAAGCAUUCAUUCAAAGCUGUCUGCCUUUUGUUUUCCAGUUACUUUUUUUUUUUUAGCAGGUCAGAGAGUUCACCAUGUUCCCUGAUGUUUACAUGCAUUUGUUAUAUGAAUACAUUGAAGGACCCAUUUACUGUACAUUAGUUGUGUAAGCAGCACUGGUAAAUCCAUGACAAAUUCCUCUC